GUUUGCUACUCAAACUUAACUUCGUAACUUGCAUAGAGACGUCAUGACCAACGUGUUUCCAGCAGAAGAUAACAUAAGUUCAACCUUUUUUCCUGAGAAUUGUCCCAACUGCACUGCGAUACCUUCGUUUGAAAUAGAUCUCACAAAGACACUGGCUUUGGGCCUGGUGCUGAUGCUCUUCAUAAUUUUCGGUGUGAUGGGUAACAUCCUGGUCAUCCUCUCCGUGGCCUGCCAUCGCAACUUUCGUUCCGUGACGCAUUAUUUUAUCGCCAAUCUGGCCGUUGCAGACCUGCUUCUGAGCUCUGUGGUGAUCCCGUUCUCCGCUGCAUCUGAAGCCUUGGGACGCUGGGUAUUCGGCCGCCAUUUCUGUAAUGCCUGGACCGCGCUUGACGUGCUUUGCUGUACGGCGUCCAUCCUCAGCCUCUGCGUGAUCUCUGUGGAUCGCUACAUCGCCGUCAGUUACCCACUGCAGUACCCUUCCUGGGCUACGAGUCGAAGGGCACUGGCGGCAGUGGCGGCUCUCUGGGCCCUUUCGGCUGCCAUCUCUGUAGGCCCACUGUUUGGAUGGAGGGAUCCAAUGCCGGAGGACGAGUCCGUGUGCAGAGUUAACGAAGAGCCGGGGUACGCCAUCUUCUCCGCUGCAUGCUCUUUCUACGUGCCGUUGGCGGUGAUUUUGGCAAUGUACUGUAGGGUGUACGUGGUGGCCCGGCGGAAGACUCGUUCCAUGAGUAAGAGCAGGCAGAAGAAUGGGUUGACGGAGCACGGAGUAACCCUGCGGAUUCACUGUCGUAAGGAGGAACCCGUCCACUUGAAGCACUCGCACUUCACCUUCAUGAUUAAGUUCUUCCAGGAGAAGAAGGCGGCCAAGACUCUGGGGAUUGUGGUGGGCUGUUUCGUGCUCUGCUGGCUGCCUUUUUUCCUAGUGUUGCCCAUAAGCUCAAUUUUCCCAUCUCACAGACCCCCGGACACUGUCUUCAAAAUUACUUUCUGGCUGGGCUACUUCAACAGCUGCCUCAACCCCAUCAUCUACCCGUGUUUCAGCCAGGAGUUCAAUAAGGCAUUCCAGAACGUUCUCCGUGGCCGCUGCCUCAGCAGAACGCACAAGACCUGGAGCCCUCCGGCCUCUUGUCGAGACCCUACGAACCUGCAUGGACCCAAAUCUCCACAGGGUUUACCAUCUAGAUUUACUGACUCCUGGAGGACUACUAAUGAAUCUCCUUCUGCUGUGAUACUGAAUGAGUCCUCAUUUACUGAACAUGCACAUAGCAACAGUGCUCUGAAUUCACCUGACACAUCUCUGACUCUGAAAGUUCAUCAAGUUUCCAUUUGCAAGAUGGAAGGUGAGGCUCUAUGAAAUAUUUCUGAAAGAAUGAAAAGGCAACCUUUGUACGGUAUUUUACAAAGA